CGUCUCCUUCCUCAUGAUCAAUCUGCUACACUUCAUUCUCACAACCUCAUCAGGCAGACAUGGAAGUCUUCUUUCCGUAUCUCCUUCACCUUGCGGUCUUCUUUAUCUCUCUAUCUCUCAUCUUUCUUCUCUACAAACAGAAGCCCUCAGACUCCCAUGGCAAUAAGCAUCCACCCGGAACAAAAGGGUGGCCAUUUGUUGGUGAAAGUUUGGAAUAUGUCAAGGUUGGCCGGCGGGGACAGCCUGAGAAGUUCGUUAACGAUAGGGUGAGCAAGUACUCGCCGGACGUUUUCCAGACCUCGUUGCUUGGAGAAAAAAUUGCUGUCUUCUGCGGGGCUUCAGGGAACAAGUUGUUAUUCACAAGUGAGAAUAAGUAUGUUACUGCUUGGUGGCCUCGUUCAAUGUUGAAAGCUUUGCUCUUCCAAGACUCUCUUCAAAUCUCAGCGAAAGAAGAAUCGGUAAGAAUCCGUAGAUUAUUGCCUGAAUUUCUUAAGCCUGAAGCUCUGCAACACCACAUUCCUGUCAUGGAUUCCAUGGCAAGAGAACACCUGAAGACAGAUUGGUAUCCUUAUAAAGAAGUGAAGGUCUUCCCACUUACAAAGAAAUAUACCUUUGCAUUGGCUUGUAGAUUGUUUAUGAGCAUCAAAGAUCCGAAUCAGGUCACAAAAUAUUCUAAUCCUUUCGCUCUUGUAACUUCUGGGAUGUUGUCAGUGCCCAUUAAUUUUCCAGGUACAGCUUACAACAAAGCCAUUAAAGGAAGCAAAUUCAUACUUAACGAGCUUUUAGUGAUCAUCCAGCAGAGAAAAAUGGAGCUGUUGGAGAAGAAAGACACAGCAUAUGCAGACUUGUUAACUCGCAUGCUUCUUGAAAAAGAUGAGAAUGGAAGUUCGUCUAUGAGCCACACAGAAAUAGCUAAUCGGAUAAUGGCACUGCUUAUCGCUAGCCAUGAUACAAUAAGUACCACUCUAACCUUUGCUCUCAAGUAUCUUGUGCAAUACCCACAUGUCUAUACCAAAGUCCUCAAAGAACAAAUGGAGAUUGCAAAGUCUAAGGCUCCAGAUGAGUUGUUGAACUGGGAUGACAUUCAGAAGAUGAAGUAUUCAUGGUGUGUAGCUUGUGAGACAAUGAGGCUAUCACCACCUUCUCAAGGAGCAUUUAGAGAGGCCAUAACUGACUUCACUUAUGCAGGUUUUACAAUUCCAAAGGGCUGGAAGACUCACUGGACAGUUCAUUCAACCCACAAAAAUCCGAAAUACUUCCCAAAUCCAGAAAAAUUUGAUCCUUCUAGGUUCGAAGGAGAAGGACCUGCACCAUAUACUUAUGUCCCUUUUGGAGGAGGACCUCUCAUGUGUCCAGGAAAGGAAUAUGCUCGCUUAGAGAUUCUCAUUUUCAUGCAUAAUGUGGUAACCAAAUUCAAGUGGAAGCAAGUGAACGAAGAUGAGAAGAUCAUAUUUGAUCCAACACCCAUUCCAGUGAAUGGUUUACCAAUUCACCUUGAACCUCUUUAGAUUUUGUAUCCUUUGUAAAAGAAUAAUUUGUGAAUUUCUUGCAAUGAAAUAAAUUCUGAAUUUUAAUAAAUUAAAAAAAAAAUCUAUUGUUUUUCUAA